AUGGCAAUUGUUGUGGCAGUUGGUGGUUUGAUGGGUUACAUGAAACGGGGAAGCAAAAUAUCACUAGUUGCAGGAGGGGGAUCAGCUGCACUGUUCUAUUAUGUCUACACGGAGCUCCCAGGAAAUCCUGUCUUGGCAUCCUCUAUCGGCAUUGUGGGGUCGGCGGCACUGACGGGGAUGAUGGGAUCGCGCUACCUAAGGACGAGGAAAGUGGUCCCGGCUGGAGUUGUCUCGGUAGUGUCACUCGUGAUGACUGGGGCUUACUUGCACGGCAUCAUUCGCUCUGCUCGCUCAAGUUGA